UGAAACUUAUUCAAAGUAUCUAGUGAAAAGUUGUUUCGGAAAUGAUCACAUCAAAGAUUGUUUUCUUAUUUGUUUUUGUCUUGGGCUGUAAGUUACCUUAGUUACCGUUAUUGUAUUAAUACUUCUUGUAGUGUUUUCCAUGUUUAAAAAGUGACCUCAGCCAACCCCAUUGCAAUUGAUGAGGAGAAAAUCGGAGAAUGGGUGACCAUCUAAAAAUAUAAUAAAGUAGUUCAACAAUUUUGCAUCCAGGCGUCCGGUUCCGACGCCGGCUAUCGGAAAUAUCAUGCCUCGCUCGAGGAUCUCACCCCGUGCUUGGAGAAAAAGUUCAAUUCAGCUGAAAUGUCAUUGGAUUCCGACACCCCCGUGAGCGAACUGAUGGAACCACUCUGCCCAGCAUUGAAUUCAAGUCGUGUAUGUUUGGAUGGCAUUAUUGAGGGAUUGUCAAUGUGCUUCGUCGGAGAUGAAGCUGAAAUAGCUAAACGAGCAAUGAACGAAAUGGUAGACAGUUUGUACAAUCUUGUCUGUGGUGAUGAACCCAUAAUUGAUGAAAUUUUAAAACCGAAUUUCGUGCCAUGCGUCAAAACAGUGUGGAGUGUAUACGAUAACUGCAGUGUUUCCAGUUCAAAAGCAGUUUCUGGCAAUGAAUGCCAUAAGCACGAAAUUGAACGAGAAUGUCUGCGCAACAAUAUUGGUGACUGUGGAUCUCCAGGUGCCCAUAGAAUAGUGGACGCUUUCAUGGAUCCUUACAUGAAACACGUCUUUGAAUGCGACUUCAGUGAGCGCUGGGAAAAUACUUCUACGGAUAAUGCAAGCGAAGUAAAUGACGAGAAUGAAGCAAACAUCACUGAUGCUUGGUUGCAUUCAAAUAGUGCAUUAUGAAAG